AUGGUUUACUCUUAUCAACCCUUAACGAUAUCAUCUUAUAUUUCGCUGGUAUUUUUCCUAUUGGCAAUAGCUUUUGUGGUGUUCCCCUUAUCCAUUGAAAUCCCUUAUUCUGACCGUCUUCCGGUAAUUCCAAUAAUACAUCCAAAACAUGGCCAAAAAAUAAAAAUUCGGAUAAAUCUAGCGACAUCUCCGCUAAUUGCUAUAGUGAUAUUAUUAGCUACAAAAAGUAUCGAAUUUCAAGUAGUGGUAAAUGGGUUUUUAGGAGACCAGGGGAUUCAACCGUAUAGUAUAAUGAUUUUAUUUUUUGCUUUGGCUUAUAUAUGCAUCUCGUUAGAUGUAACUGGCUUUGUCGAAUUUUGUGCUUAUGGCUUCUCAAAUAGGAGCGGAAACGAUGGAAGAAAGCUAUUCACUUAUUUUUAUAUCUUGUUUAAUCUGAUGAGUGCUUUUACAAGUAAUGAUGUAGUUGUAUUGACCGGAACUAGUAAUCCUACAAAUGUAAUAGUCGCUCAAGCUUAUGGAAUUACAUUCCUAACUUACAGCGCUUGGAUGAUUCUCCCAACCAUCGUUUCCAUGAUCCUCGCUUACUUUGCGCUUUACACAAUGUUUCGACGUUCAGGUUUAAUACCAAAUGAGGUACAUACACAACGACGUAAUCCUAAAGAUGCUUUGAAAGAUAAGAAAGGUGCGAUAUUUGGUGUGAUUGUAUUGGGUUGCUGUUUAAUCACGUUGAUGGGAACCAGUUUCACUUCCUUAAGUGUAUGGAUCGUUACAUUACCUUUUGCUGCAAUUAUGUUAGUUAGAGAUAUUUGGUAUGAUUUGUCAAAAAAAGAUAUUGUUGAAAUUCGAAUUAUUGAAGAGUCCGAGAAAAAUAAUGUGAUAUCUGAAAAAAGUAUGGACUCUGAAAAAAAAAUAGGUGAAGCAAAUGAAAAUAAUGAAAGUAAAGUGUCUUUAUCUUCAGACAAAAAAAAAGAUGCGAAUCUUAAAGGGAAAGAUGUGGAAAGUGAACGGGUUAUUGAAAUUAAAGACAAUAGUCUUGAUGGAAAUACUGGACUAGAGAAAGAUAUAACAAAUGAAGAUACAUCAUUAAACAUUCUAAAUAUUCCAUUUGUUUCACGAAGAAAAAGAUCAUCUGAUAUAGAACAUUCUAAUAUUACACCGCGUAGCGUCUCGCCGUCAAGUCUAACUAUUCAAAAGAAAAAAUCACAUUCAACAAAAGGAUCGUUCGAUUCGAACAUUGUAAGACCAGAAAUUGAGUUACCUUCAAUCUAUAAAGAACAUGAGAAUUUUGCACAAGCACCACAUGUAACACCCGCAAUAAGACAAGGAUGUAUAUACGCAUUAAUUAUCGGAAGUAAUAUAGGUGCUUGUCUUACAAUUGUAGGUGCUUUGGCUGGACUAAUGUGGGAUAAAAUAUUAAAAGAUAAAGGUGAAAAAAUUGGGUAUUGGCAAUUUGUGAGAUGGAACCUUGGAGUUUUGCCGAUAAUUGCUGUUGGAGCAUGUGGGGUUUUAAUAAUGGAGCUUUGGAUUUAUUAUGAUAAGUGGAAUAUGAAUGAUUAA